UAUUUCCCGUCAUGCAAAUAAACCGCAUGCCGUUUGCCCCGCCUACUAAAUCGCACAAACCAAUCACAAUCAUCAGGGAACUGUCCAUCAAACCAACGUUUGCACAUAAGCUAGCGUUUGAGUUACGAAAACAGGCAAUAAUUUAGGGUCUUUGUUAUGGGUGGUGUUAAGCAAGAGCAGAGUGAUGCACCUGCGUCUAAAGAUUCCCAAAACAUUGACUCAGGGCAGGAGGAGAACAGCCCAUCAUCCGCUCAGCCCGUUAAGAAGCGAGGCUGGCCAAAAGGUAAAAAGAGAAAGAAGGUGUUGCCUAAUGGACCCAAGGCUCCGGUUACUGGAUACGUGCGUUUCCUGAAUGAAAGACGGGAACAUAUCCGUGCUCUGCACCCUGAUCUCCCCUUUCCCGAAAUUACUAAGAGACUCGGUGCUGAAUGGAGCCGCCUGGCCACUCAUGACAAACAGCGGUACCUAGAUGAAGCAGAAAGGGACAAAAUGCAGUAUGCACGAGACCUCAAAGAGUAUCAGAAGAGUGAGGCGUAUCAGAUCACGUGCGCUAAAGUUCAAGACAAGAGAAUUAAAAGAGAGGAGGUGACGUCUGUCAUAAUCAAUGCCAGCAGUUCUGGAUCAACAGGUUUUAAGAGCUCAGACCUCUCCACCAGAUUUGAUGUCCCUAUUUUCACAGAAGAAUUUCUAGACCAAAACAAAGCUCGAGAAGCAGAACUACGACGACUACGUAAAGCUAACGUGGAGUUCGAGGAGCAGAACGCGGUGCUGCAAAAGCACAUUGCCGACAUGUUCAGCGCUAAAGAGCGACUGGAAGCAGAGCUUGGCCAGGAUGAACUCCGCACACAAGCUCUACAGCGCCAUCUACAGACAAUAAAACACUCACUGGUCAGCAGCCUGGCCACUGUGCCCUUACCAGGCACGGGUGAGACACCUUCUAUUGGAUCUCUAGACUCGUACCUGGGUCGCUUGAGUAAUGUUUUAGAGACUAGACCCCACGAGCAUCGUGGCUUAGUUGUGAAGCUACAAGAGCUCCUCGCUCACCUUGACAGUGAGAAGCUUUGAACACAUCUACAGUGUGCUGUGAUUUAUGAGUUCUCCAUCCGGUUUGACCAAAGCCUUGGAAAGGCCAGGAACCAUUGACAAAGGCUCAGCCAAGGUGUAAUAGUGCAAUACAGAUUAAUUGCAUAUUUAAAAGUGUAGCUCAUCUUUGAGCUAAUUUGUAACGCGGGUGCUGGCAAAUUUUAAACACAUUGGCAUUAAUCAUCUAGAACAUUGUUAUUGCGGUUUUUGAUACUUACAGCUGCUCAAGGGAUCCUGCAUGGAGUCUGUUUAGGACCAUGGACAUAAUGGUUUAAAGGCAUGCUAAACUGUUUGCCAUGUACUAUCCUCUUUACUAACAAGUUGUAAUGAAAUGUGAAAGUGUAGUAUUUUAUAUUCAAUGACCUGAACCCUUGUUGCACAGUAAUGUGCAUUGCAAAUCAAUAUAUUUUUGUGCCAUGUUUUCUGCUAUAAAUAUUGCAAUUAGCAAUAUUUUCUAUAAAAUAUUGAUGUUGAUUUUGGCUGUGUUCCCUAAAAAAAUAAAUUUUGCUGAACAAAUAUGGAUAAAUUUUAGCAUUCAAAACAGUUCAGGAGUUUACUUUGUUAAAGUGAUGUACUGGAAUGAAUUUAUGAUUGAUUGAUUUUUUUUAAAAGAUGGAAAAUAUGUUUUUGAAGCAAAAAAGAUGUUGACAAAAAUAAAAUCUGGCAACAAU